AUGGCACGACUUUUUCUCGCUCUUUGUAUCGUUAUUUACUCACUGUCAGCUCUUUUAGUAUCAGCUCAAGACUGUCCUUUACCAACCAAAGCUGAGAUAGAGUCUGUAUUGCCUCCUUUACUAGUCAUUUCUGAUGGUGACCAGGUGUACUCUCCUACUGUAACUGAAGGAUCAGUUCAAUAUGUCUGUCAAGCUCAAGGGAGCAUGAUUGAUACUUAUCAAGCCAUAGCUCUUAUAGCUACAUUCACUCCUAACCCAGGAGAAGCUGAACAAACCAGCAUAUUUGAUAUUGAGUGUAUCAGUGGUACAUGGAGUGGAAGGACUGGUAGUUUAGAUCCUCCUCCUGCCAGUGUUGUUAAUGUUCCUCCAAGAACUGAUUGUUAUCGGUGUAGGGAAGGUUUUGGUGGUGAUACUAGAUGUAGAGCAUGUGACUCUGCUUGUAGUUCUGGACUGAUAAGGUGUACUGGAUCAGGCUCUGGUGAUUGUUGUUUAUCAUUUACUGCUAAUGCUACCUGUCAUGAUCAAGUAGCUGAUUACAAUUGCCUUUGUGUAGAAGGUUACACUGGAAAGAACUGCUCCAUUAACAUAGACGAUUGUAGCCCUGACCCAUGUGAAAAUGAAGCUACCUGUAAUGAUCAAGUAGCUGAUUAUAAUUGCCUUUGUGUAGAAGGCUACACUGGAAAGAACUGCUCCAUUGACAUAGACGAUUGUAGUCCUGACCCAUGUGAAAAUGGAGCUACCUGUAAUGAUCAAGUAGCUGAUUAUAAUUGCCUUUGUGUAGAAGGCUACACUGGAAAGAACUGCUCCAUUGACAUAGACGAUUGUAGUUCUGAUCCAUGUCAAAAUGGAGCUACCUGUCAUGAUCAAGUAGCUGAUUACAAUUGCCUUUGUGUAGAAGGUUACACUGGAAAGAACUGCUCCAUUAACAUAGACGAUUGUAGCCCUGACCCAUGUGAAAAUGGAGCUACCUGUAAUGAUCAAGUAGCUGAUUAUAAUUGCCUUUGUGUAGAAGGCUACACUGGAAAGAACUGCUCCAUUAACAUAGACGAUUGUAGCCCUGACCCAUGUGAAAAUGGAGCUACCUGUGAUGAUCAAGUAGCUGAUUACAAUUGUCUUUGUGUAGAAGGCUACACUGGAAAGAACUGCUCCAUUAACAUAGACGAUUGUAGCCCUGACCCAUGUGAAAAUGGAGCUACCUGUAAUGAUCAAGUAGCUGAUUAUAAUUGCCUUUGUGUAGAAGGCUACACUGGAAAGAACUGCUCCAUUAACAUAGACGAUUGUAGUUCUGAUCCAUGUGAAAAUGGAGCUACCUGUCAUGAUCAAGUAGCUGAUUACAAUUGCCUUUGUGUAGAAGGCUACACUGGAAAGAACUGCUCCAUUGACAUAGACGAUUGUAGCCCUGACCCAUGUGAAAAUGGAGCUACCUGUAAUGAUCAAGUAGCUGAUUACAAUUGUCUUUGUGUAGAAGGCUACACUGGAAAGAACUGCUCCAUUAACAUAGACGAUUGUAGCCCUGACCCAUGUGAAAAUGGAGCUACCUGUGAUGAUCAAGUAGCUGAUUACAAUUGUCUUUGUGUAGAAGGCUACACUGGAAAGAACUGCUCCAUUAACAUAGACGAUUGUAGCCCUGACCUAUGUGAAAAUGGAGCUACCUGUAAUGAUCAAGUAGCUGAUUACAAUUGUCUUUGUGUAGAAGGCUACACUGGAAAGAACUGCUCCAUUAACAUAGACGAUUGUAGCCCUGACCCAUGUGAAAAUGGAGCUACCUGUGAUGAUCAAGUAGCUGAUUAUAAUUGCCUUUGUGUAGAAGGCUACACUGGAAAGAACUGCUCCAUUAACAUAGACGAUUGUAGCCCUGACCCAUGUGAAAAUGGAGCUACCUGUGAUGAUCAAGUAGCUGAUUACAAUUGUCUUUGUGUAGAAGGCUACACUGGAAAGAACUGCUCCAUUAACAUAGACAAUUGUAGCCCUGACCCAUGUGAAAAUGGAGCUGCCUGUAAUGAUCAAGUAGCUGAUUAUAAUUGCCUUUGUGUAGAAGGCUACACUGGAAAGAACUGCUCCAUUAACAUAGACGAUUGUAGCCCUGACCCAUGUGAAAAUGGAGCUACCUGUGAUGAUCAAGUAGCUGAUUAUAAUUGCCUUUGUGUAGAAGGUUACACUGGAAAGAACUGCUCCAUUAACAUAGACGAUUGUAGCCCUGACCCAUGUGAAAAUGGAGCUACCUGUAAUGAUCAAGUAGCUGAUUAUAAUUGUCUUUGUGUAGAAGGUUACACUGGAAAGAACUGCUCCAUUAACAUAGACGAUUGUAGCCCUGACCCAUGUGAAAAUGGAGCUACCUGUGAUGAUCAAGUAGCUGAUUAUAAUUGCCUUUGUGUAGAAGGCUACACUGGAAAGAACUGCUCCAUUAACAUAGACGAUUGUAGCCCUGACCCAUGUGAAAAUGGAGCUACCUGUAAUGAUCAAGUAGCUGAUUACAAUUGUCUUUGUGUAGAAGGCUACUCUGGAAAGAACUGCUCCAUAGACAUCAAUGAAUGUGAUCCUGAUCCAUGUCAAAAUGGAGCUACCUGUCAUGAUCAAGUAGCUGAUUACAAUUGUCUUUGUGUAGAAGGCUACACUGGAAAGAACUGCUCCAUUAACAUAGACGAUUGUAGUCCUGACCCAUGUCAAAAUGGAGCUACCUGUGAUGAUCAAGUAGCUGAUUACAGUUGCCUUUGUGUAGAAGGCUACACUGGAAAGAACUGCUCCAUUAACAUAGACGAUUGUAGUCCUAAUCCUUGUAAAAAUGGUGGCGCCUGUAAUGAUCAAGUAGCUGAUUACACUUGCGAUUGUGUAGAAGGCUACACUGGAAAGAACUGCUCUGUUAACAUAGAUGAUUGCAGUCCUGAUCCUUGUAAAUAUGGAGCUACCUGUGAUGAUCAAGUAGCUGAUUAUAGUUGUCUUUGUGUAGAAGGCUACACUGGAAAGAACUGCUCCAUUGACAUAGACAAUUGUAGUCCUGACCCAUGUCAAAAUGGAGCUACCUGUGAUGAUCAAGUAGCUGAUUACAAUUGCGAUUGUGUAGAAGGCUACACUGGAAAGAACUGCUCUGUUAACAUAGAUGAUUGCAGUCCUGAUCCUUGUAAAUAUGGAGCUACCUGUGAUGAUCAAGUAGCUGAUUAUAGUUGUCAUUGUGUAGAAGGCUACACUGGAAAGAACUGCUCCAUUAACAUAGAUGAUUGCAGUCCUGAUCCUUGUAAAAAUGGAGCUACCUGUAAUGAUAGAGUUGCUGAUUAUCAAUGUGAGUGUCGAAGUGGAUUUAGAGGCAAGAAUUGUUCCGAGAAUAUUAAUGAUUGUGCUCCAGACCCUUGUGUUAAAGGUACAUGUGUUGAUGAAAUAAAUGAUUACACUUGUAUAUGUGAAACUGGAUAUUAUGGUAAGAACUGUUCCCUCACUAUCACACCCUCUCCCUCUCCAACACAAUGUACAUUAAGUGGAUGUGAGAACUGUGAUGCUGUUAGAGAGGGAUGCUGUAGAAUUUGUUCAGCUGGUUAUACUUUGAAUGAUAACUGCUUAUGUGUUGGAGAGAGGUCUCAAGGUGAUUCCAGUCUUCCUUUGUGGGCAAUUAUUAUCAUAGCAGUAAUUCCACUUCUGUUGAUAAUAAUUGCUAUUAUAAUCGUGUUGAUUAUUGUUGUCGCCAUUAAAGCAAAGAAGCAAAGUGCUGCUUAUAAAUUUCCUCCAGUAGAGUCUAUGAAAGUAUCAAACCCUGCCUUCAAGUCAACUUUGUAAUUAUAGUAUCAAUUUACAUAAAUUACUUUUAUUUUUAUAGAGUUUUAUGUAUCAGUUAUUUUUUCUUGUUGAUUUAUAGUAAAUGUUAAUUGUAACCAGAAGCCAA